UUAAUUGGCAUGUACCAAGUAUUUCCAGGUUACAUGUCCUCCCCAAGUCCAAGACCUUAGGAAUCACUGAUCUGAGACCCAGUCGGAGGAAUGUAGAGAACGCGUUGUAUUUGGCGGGAGCCCUGGGCCGACGGGGAGCGAGGGAGGGCGCGGGGCCGAGGCGCACCUUGACGGACCCUCCCCGCCUCGCGCCGUAGUCCAGUCCCAAGAUGGCGGCCACCAUGAAGAAGGCGGCUGCGGAAGACGUCAAUGUUACUUUUGAAGAUCAACAAAAGAUAAACAAAUUUGCACGGAAUACAAGUAGAAUCACAGAGCUGAAGGAAGAAAUAGAAGUAAAAAAGAAACAACUCCAAAAUUUAGAAGACGCUUGUGAGGACAUUAUGCUUGCCGAUGACGACUGCUUAAUGAUACCUUAUCAGAUCGGUGAUGUUUUCAUUAGCCAUUCUCAAGAAGAAACUCAAGAAAUGUUAGAAGAAGCCAAGAAAAAUUUGCAAGAAGAAAUUGACGCCUUAGAAUCCAGAGUGGCAUCAAUCCAGCGGGUGUUAGCAGAUCUGAAAGUUCAGUUAUAUGCGAAAUUUGGGAGUAACAUAAAUCUUGAAGCUGACGAGAGCUAAACAUUUUAUAAUACUUUUUUUAAUUUGUUUAAUAAACUUGAAUAUUGUUUAAAAUGAUAAUUUCCCUUCUUCAAAUGAUAUGGAAAGCAAAACUUUUUUUAAAUUUUUCAUUUAUUUAAUGGAAACUUGCCUAUUUUCACAUGUCUUGCUUAUUUAUUUUAUAUUUUUAAAAGAAGACAGUAUUCAUCGAUGUAUUUUGCAUAACACUUAUAUCAAGUGUAGGGGCUUUAUGUCAUGUUAUUAAAAUCAGUUAAGCACUC